GAAAUCGUACCUGUCUCGACUAUAAAUAUGGUCGAGGGGUUUUCGAACGCAUCAGAAGUUAGCGUUCAGGUUAGGUUAUUUCAUUUCCCAUUCUGCGUGUUUCUUUACAGCAUCAAACCCUAAACGAUCAUGUCGUCCAAGCAAGGAGGAAAAGCAAAGCCAUUGAAGCAACCCAAGUCUGAGAAGAAAGAAUACGACGAGGUAGAUAAGGCCAACAUUCAAAAGAAGAAGGACGAGGAAAAGGCACUUAAGGAGCUUAGAGCCAAAGCUCAGAAGGGAGCACUGGGAGGUACUGGUCUGAAGAAAAGUGGGAAGAAAUGAGCUGAAGUUGCUGCAUAUACUACUACUAUUACUACUAUGUUGUGAUUUGUGAAUCCUGCUUCUAAUAUCUUAGCUGAAUGUGUUUGGUAAAUUCAGUAUAAACCUUUGCAGUUUGCUUGUAAUAAUCAUGGUGAUAUUUGGUCUA